AUGAUUAAUAAUAUUAUUCAAUUCAUAGUUACAAGUGUUGUUCAAGAAGGAAAGAAACUAACUAUUAACUAUUCACCAAUGACAAUGAUUUGGUUUGAUAAUCAACUCAUCAAGAGUGGAUUGACAACCAAUAUUGCACCAUAUUGCAAGGCAUGUAUGGAUGGUCUCCAUUGUAUCCGUCUCUAUGGUGCAACUGGUAUUGGUGGUUCAAACAUUGAAAUGCAAUAUGCCUUUAAUUGUACUGUCGUUGUUUAA